AUGAACCCUGCAUUAGUAGUUUUAUGUCAACGAAAAAUGGACAUAGGGGCGCUGCAAAUCAGCCAACUUUCCUAUCAUGCUAAAUGCAGGCAUGGUCACUCUCAUUCUUCUCUCUGCUCGCGUGACAAGAUGACAGAUGAGGUCAACCCGAAGGCUUAUCCGUUGGCGGACGCCACGCUCACCGCGAAGAUAUUGAAUCUCGUUCAGCAAGCGAUGAAUUACAAGCAAUUGCGAAAGGGAGCGAACGAGGCGACCAAGACAUUGAAUCGAGGCCUGUCCGAAUUCAUUGUGAUGGCUGCAGACGCGGAACCGUUGGAGAUUUUGUUGCAUCUACCGUUGUUGUGCGAAGACAAAAACGUGCCCUACGUAUUCGUGCGAAGCAAGCAGGCCCUCGGACGAGCCUGCGGAGUCUCCAGGCCAGUGGUAGCCUGUUCCAUAACAGUCAACGAAGGCUCGCAAUUAAAGCCGCAGAUUAAUGCUAUACAGCAGGAGAUAGAGCGGCUCUUAGUCUAAACCGGCAUCGGUACCUGAUUUACAUACCUCAUCUCUCGUAAGAGCGUCGAUUUUAAUCGUCGUUAACAUAAACAUCAACUUGUGAAUGAAAACACAAUUCUCACAGAAUCAUGCAAUCUUUUGUAUCUCAUAUAUAAAGCUUGAAUAUUAAUAAAAAAAAAGAGAAAAACAGAAUGCAACCAACCAAGUUUGUGUCUGGUAGCUGUGUUUAGAGAGAAUUCAUGUAGAAUAUGUGUAUUGUGAGAGUUAGUACCUCCUGUCAAAAGUAUAAGGAAUUAGAAGCGAAAAAUAAAAUUUUAGUUUGAGGAAUAAUAGAGCCGUAAGCUUCAGAAGUGACAUAACUUGUGUUUCCAGUAAAAAUGUUGGAAAUUAAUACAUCUCAGAGAGAUGCUGAACAUGCAAACAUUUAAUGUGUAUUUUAUGGUGCUGUUGUAACCACAACAUAUUUAAAGUACAUUGUUUUAAGAAACACUAUAUUUUGAAUAAAAACAUUUACUUUUAAUUACUACCAGAAA